AUGUCUGCUACCGAGGCCACAGGAGCCAGGCGCAAAUGCCUUCUCGAGAACGUCCGCGUGUUUGAUGGAACCGGAUUCACCGAUUGCCGAUCGGUAGUCAUAGACGGAGGCAUCAUUGGCAAUGAUCCGGAGGGUGCAGAUGAGAUAAUCGAUGGCAAGGGACACUUCCUGAUACCCGGUCUAAUCGAUGCUCACGUCCACCUCCACCACGAGGGACAUCUGCAUGCCCUAGCAAGCUACGGAGUCACGACAGCCUUAGAUAUGGCGAUGUGGCCAGCGAAUAAGAUGAAUGGACUUCGAGACAAGCCUGGUCUGCCAGAUAUCAGGAGUGCCGGUUUGCCCGUGACUGCUUCCGGCAGCAUUCAUAGCUGUAUGCUGCCGCUUCCUGCUGAAGCUCUACUGUCUGGACCCGAAGAGGCUGAGAGUUUUGUGCAAAGGAGGAUCGACGAGGGUUCGGAUUAUAUCAAGCUUAUAGCGGAUGUCCCCGGGCCCAGACAGGAAACUCUUGAUGCCGUAUCGGCGGCUGCUCACGGCAAAGGGAAGAUGGUUGUGGCUCAUGCAUCGUCUUUCACUCCUUUCAAUAUGGCACUAGAAGCCAAGGCGGAUGUAAUCACCCAUGCACCGCGAGACAAGUCUGUAACUGAAGAAUCGGCAGCGCUCAUGGCUCAAAAGAAGGUGAUCUCCGUCCCGACCUUGACCAUGAUGCAAGCAGUAUCUGCGAGACCACCACUUAGCGCUGCACUUGGAAUGAUGGUCUCCAAGCCUUCGCUAUUCAUGGCUAUUGCAAGAGCCAAAAGGAACGGUCAAGGGCAGCACACUUAUGAGAAUGCAAGGGACUCUGUGACAGUGAUGUAUCGAGCCGGAGUGCCAAUUCUAGCGGGCACCGACUGCCAUGAGGAACCAAAUUCCUUCUUCGAAGUCAAGCAUGGAGAUUCUUUGCAUCGGGAACUCGAACUUCUCGUCGAGGCUGGUGUCUCUGCGCUAGAUGCUUUGCGUGCAACGACGGUUCUUCCAGCAGAGCAUUUCCAAUUGAAUGACCGGGGGUCAUUGCAGAAGGAAAAAGAGCCGACCUCGUUCUCCUUCGUGAAGAUCCCACUCAGGAUAUUCGUGCGACUCGUAGUAUCGAUCGAGUGUGGUGUGGUGGGAUUGAGUAUGGAAGUGUUGCAUAGUUGA